ACAUAUAUAUAAAAUCUUGAUAAAUAUACCGCAAUUCACAUAUAGCGACAUAGUUGAAGUAGGGCCACAUUCAUACUUCAGCGCUGUUCUACAUAAUAGACCGCUACGCUUUCUAAAAAAAACGGCUCUAAAAAGACCACCCGACCGUACCGCGCGCUCUUCUCUCUCUCUCUCUCUCUCUCUCUCUCUUACUCUCUCUCUCUCUUACACCUACAUACACACACACAUAAACAAAAUGUAAGAUAAGAUAAUGAUCUCUAAUACACUCUAGAAAAUAAAAAAAAUAAAUAAUGUUGCAGACUGCGUCACACAAAGUCGCAUAUUCAUAUCAUCAUCAUUAUCAUCAUCCUCUUAACUAGUGCAUUAUAUUUAAAUUGUUUAAAGUAACUUCUUAUAUAUAUAUAUACACACACGCAUAAUAUUAUACAUAUAGCAUUAGAUACAUAUACGUGUAUACAUCUUGAAAUCCCUCGACCGAAUUUGAUUUCGAUAUCGCGUAUUCUUAAUUUUUACGGAUGGAUUUGUCCGAAAAUAAAUCCGGCCAGAGGGACUGUAUAAAGAGAGAUAGGGCGACUGUGCACGCGUCGGGACCCGACGGAGAGGGGCGUUUCUUACGACCGAUUCGCGCGCGAUAUAUAUCGUCGUUCACGCAUCGUAUACGCAGGUAGUGUGUACACGCAUCCGCGAUACCGCGAGGAAAAGAAGCCGGGUUCUCUCGUUCUUCUGAGAGUGUAUUAUUGUACUGUUUCGUGCGCGGUUUUCGAACACAUACAUGCGACCAUAUUUUACUCUCGCAAUUUUUUUUUCAUCGUCUCGCAACGAUAUAUUGGAAUAUUGUAAUUUUGUACAACGUACACAUAGAGAGAUCUGUAUUGGUCGGUGUCUACUGUAAAUAAAAUCGAUUUCGAAAUCGUUGCGUUUUUUCGAUUGCGAUUUGUAAAAAUUAUUGCAAAUUACAUCACGCGAGUAUAAACACGUUCUACUAUUACCUGUAAUUAAUAUCAGAGAUCGUCUUAUUUUUUUUAAUCGAGUACUUGUCAGUGCGUCUGCGAGAAAGGAAAGACUAACAGCAUAGUCGUCUAGAAAAAUGACGGCUACCGAGGAAACGGAGCCGUUGAUAUCUACGACGCCGACGACUUCUGCGGGUAAAGGCCAAAGGGUUACUUAUCAUGCAAUCUCUUUUGAAGCAAACGAAAGAGAUAGAUUGCAUGAUGGAAGUCCCGAGAACUCCUUUAGUCUAAAAUCGAUUUCAAGUGCGCCGAUAGGCGUAAAUUUCAACAGCGAAAUCUUCACCAACAGAAUUACCUACACAUGGAGCGACGUGAAUGUUUAUUAUAGUACGAAAACCGACAGGAUCUGGGAUCAGUUAAUGUUCAGGCCUCGAAAGUCCAUCGCACAGAAGCACAUAUUAAAAGAUGUGUGCGGAGUGGCCUAUCCCGGCGAAUUGCUCGUAAUCAUGGGCGCAUCAGGUGCAGGCAAGACAACUUUAUUAAACGCGCUGACAUUUCGCACGACACGCGGGGUGUCCACGUCUGGUCUGAUGGCCGCCAACGGUCGGAGGAUAUCGCCGGACGUUCUCACCUCGAGGAUGGCUUACGUGCAACAGGACGAUUUAUUUAUCGGCACAUUGACGGUGACGGAACAUCUAAUGUUUCAGGCGACAGUGCGAAUGGAUCGUCACAUACCUCGUCACCAGAGGAUUAAGAGGGUCAAUGAAGUCAUCGACGAGCUUGCCCUUUCGAAAUGUCGAAACACCAGGAUAGGAAUACCCGGUAAAGUAAAGGGUCUUUCGGGCGGUGAGAUGAAGAGAUUGUCUUUUGCUUCCGAGGUAUUGACCGAUCCGCCGCUGAUGUUCUGCGACGAGCCGACAUCCGGCUUGGAUUCCUUCAUGGCUCAUCAGGUUAUUUCCAUCUUGAAGGCCUUGGCGGCAAGUGGUAAAACGAUCGUCGCCACUUUACAUCAACCUUCGUCGGAGCUGUUCGUUCUAUUUGACAAAAUUCUGUUGAUGGCCGAAGGAAGAGUCGCCUUUAUGGGUACAGCCGUGCAAGCUUGUUCCUUCUUCAAGACGCUUGGCGCGGCCUGUCCCAGCAAUUACAACCCUGCAGAUUACUUCGUGCAAAUGUUGGCCGUGGUACCGGGACGCGAGUUGGCCUGCAGACAUGCGAUCAAAACGACGUGCGACACCUUCCGGAGCAGCGAAUACGGAAGAAAGAUCGUCACAGAGGCAGAAACAGUCCAUGGCGAAUUCGAGAGUUUCCUCAAGUAUCAUUCCAAAGAUGCCGGUCGUUCGCCUUACAAGGCGAGCUGGUGCGAGCAGUUUCACGCAGUUCUAUGGCGUUCCUGGCUGUCGGUGAUCAAGGAACCGCUUCUCAUUAAAGUUCGCCUCCUACAAACCAUCAUGAUCUCGCUAUUGAUCGGUGCCACUUACUUUGGCCAGCGAAUCGAUCUAGACGGCGUGAUGAAUAUCAACGGCGCUCUGUUCAUUUUCCUUAGCUGUAUGACUUUCCAGAACGUCUUCGCUGUCAUUAACGUAUUCUGCGCCGAAUUACCGAUAUUCCUUCGCGAGCACAGAAAUGGCAUGUAUCGCACUGACGUCUACUUCAUCUGUAAGACGCUGGCGGAAGCGCCGAUAUUUCUAGCGAUACCGCUGAUGUUCACCGUCAUCGUUUAUCCCAUGAUCGGCCUCUACCCCGACGUGAGGCAUUUCUUUAUCGCAGCCGCCGUGUUGACUCUCGUAGCCAACGUGUCGACCUCGUUCGGUUAUCUGAUAUCCUGUAUCAGCAACAGCGUGACUACGGCCCUUUCCAUUGGUCCUCCGGUGAUAAUACCGUUCUUGCUGUUCGGUGGCUUCUUCCUAAACACGGCGUCUGUGCCGUCCUAUUUUCUCUGGUUCUCAUAUCUGUCCUGGUUCCGUUACGGUAACGAGGCUCUUUUGGUCAACCAGUGGUCAGAGAUCGACUCUAUAGACUGCACUACAAGCAACAUCACAUGUCCGAAAUCGGGACGCACCGUUCUCCAAAUUUACAAUUUCAGGAAAGAGAACUUUUCGAUGGACAUUCUCUGCUUGUUCGCGCUUAUCGCGGCGUUCCGUCUCUUGGCGUUUUUCGCCUUACUAUCGAAAACUCGCCGUUCAAAGUAACGCAUAACAUUAUUGCCUUAUGAAAUGAACAGUUUUUGUUCUUAUUGCACGUGUAACAUAUUUUUAUAAUAAAUAAUUUUAACAAUAAAUAAUUUUAAAAGA